AGUGAUAAGUGUUGGUUGCCAAGAUGGGUUCCAGCGCACGUAAGAAAAAAGAGAAGAAGAAGGACUUCCAGAAAACGAAGUUGAAGGUUGGGAAGACCAAGGCCAAGCCGGACAACUUUACUGACACCAGCUUCAAAUCCAAAUCAAUCACUGUGAACCAACAAUCACUCACGACUAACGCACCUUCGUCCUCUUCCCAGUUCAGUCACUACCUCUCCUUGGCUUCUUCGUCCAAAUCAGACACCCAACGACGAGAUGCACUCUCCUACCUCACCACGCAACUGGCUUCCAAGCCAGUCAACACACCCAUGCCACUACCAACAGCCAUUAUUCUGCCGAAACUCCUCCCAUUGAUUCUCGACGGCUCGGCCUCAGUACGCACACAGCUCCUCAAAUUCCUUCGCCUUCUACCCGAUGCAGAUGUUGCCGAUCGAGCAGAGUCAGCACUCCUCUACAUCCGAGCUGGCAUGACGCAUUUAGCAGCAGAGAUUCGGUCAGAUGCGCUAGCUGUUCUUGAAUGGCUCCUCGAGGUAGCCGAUGACGAUGUUGUUGCUUGUCCUGGUGGUUGGGUAAAGACCUUAAAGAGCUUCAUGAGCAUGAUGGGGUGGGCUGUCAGCAACACAACCUCGAAAUGGACAGCAGCAAGCAAAGCAUCAUUUGGAAAGUCUGGAAAGUCUUUUCCGAAGCAACUCCUUGUUCUGGCCCAAUUCCUGAAAGCAGGACUGGUGGAGGUUCAGGAUGAUUUCUCUGUGAAGGCAGUCAGAACGAGCUGGCCAAUGGCAAACUCUCAGAACUUCAUGAUUCCUACCAGCUCGAAUGCUUUCGCACAUCUCAACUUGUUCGGUAGCUCGAGGGACGAGGAGGGAGAGAUGUAUAUUGACAGGGAAGAUAGGCAGAGAGUUUUCGAGAAGAAUUUUCUGGCUGCAGUAAAUACUGGCGUCGAGAUUGCUAAGAAAGAAGGUGGCGAAGCUGGAAGAGCUGCCACUGUUCUGGCUAAGGUGUUGAAGGAAGGAAUGGCGGAUUACAGUGCUGUUGAUGAUACCCAAUAGAAAGGACUGGUAUGGCGUUCAGGAGUUUCGACAUUCAAGGAUCUCACUGAAGGUUAGUACAAUGCAUGCUACUCGGGCAUCCAUCACCUCUCCAAGUGCCAAAUAAUUCAGGUCUUAAAGUGAAGACCCUCUCUAUGACCACACUAAACUCGGUACUUCUCAGCAUCAAACAGGCCAAUAAAAUAGUAGAGGACCUUUCAUAGAUAAGAUACUUUCAUCAAAAC